AGAGCACCCUGGGGGCUGAAUCCCCUGUUCUGCUGGGGAUCUGUGGGUGAUGAGGAGCCCUAGCACAGGGCAGGUUGGGGGGGAACAUCUCUGCAUCCCUGACCUGCCCACCCUGUGUCUCAAUAGCUGUGGGCAGGGGGCCAGGGAGCACCCAAAGUGUUGGGCAUCAUCCCUUGGGGUGCUGCAGAGGAUCAUGGAGUCACGGCUGAAGAAGCGUGUGGAGCUGGAGCUGCACCUUGCAGGCAGGGAGCAGGCAGCGGUCCGCCGAGACGCCCUGUGCCAGCUCGUCCUGGAUGAGCACCUACAGCACCAGCAGGAGCUGUGCCAGCAGGGGAAAGCCUUCUAUGUGGAGCGGCUCUGAGUGCUCAGCCCAGUGUGUGGCACUGGCCUGGCAUCGCCCAGCUCCUGACUGAAAAUAAAACACGUUGAGCAAGA